CGCUUAUUAGAAAAGAAGGGUCUGCAGUUCGAGCCAAGAAACUAAAGCAGCAGACAAUCGACACAUCGUCCUCACGAUUUUCGAAACGACUUCUGUUUUUACGACCGAGGAGGACUGAACGAACGAUGAAAUCCCACGUUCAAUGACCCAUCAUCAAGAAAGCUAGCCCCUUUUGUUUUGCCGAAAGGCUCCAAACAAAAGAGAGAGAACCUCGCAGAUUUUAAUGGCUUAUAUAAAUGCAGCGUGGGUGUCGAGUGGGAUUCAUGUACCCACAUGCACAUUCGCUAAUCCCAGGGCUUUGCUCCUCCAAGUCAGCAUCUCUCUCUCUCUCAAUGGAAGGUGACGAGAUUCUGUGUUGGGCUUGGGUUCAUUCCAUCCCUUAAAGCCAAGAGAUCGUUUUUGAUCGGCAAAGGGAAAAGAUUUGGUCUUGCAGAAGCUCUCACUCUCUCUUCCAAGGAAAACAUGAACGCGUUAGCAGCAACCAAUAGGAACUUCAAGCUAGCAGCUCGGCUGUUGGGGUUGGACUCUAAGCUUGAGAGGAGCUUGCUUAUUCCUUUUAGAGAAAUCAAGGUUGAGUGUACCAUUCCCAAAGAUGAUGGAACACUGGCUUCAUAUGUCGGAUUCAGGGUUCAGCAUGACAAUGCUAGGGGCCCGAUGAAGGGGGGAAUCAGAUACCACCCAGAGGUUGACCCAGAUGAGGUGAAUGCUUUGGCUCAAUUGAUGACAUGGAAGACAGCAGUAGCAAAUAUACCAUAUGGCGGAGCUAAGGGUGGCAUAGGAUGUGACCCCGCAGAAUUGAGCAUUUCCGAGCUGGAACGCCUUACCCGAGUUUUCACCCAGAAGAUACACGACCUGGUUGGAGUCCACACUGAUGUUCCAGCACCCGAUAUGGGAACAGGUCCUCAGACGAUGGCAUGGAUUCUGGAUGAGUACUCAAAAUUUCAUGGCUACUCGCCUGCGGUGGUGACUGGAAAACCAGUUGAUCUCGGUGGAUCUCUGGGGAGAGACGCAGCUACUGGAAGAGGAGUCCUUUUUGCAACUGAGGCCCUGCUGAACGAAUAUGGAAAGAGCAUCGCUGGUCAGCGGGUUGUUAUACAGGGUUUUGGAAAUGUGGGUUCAUGGGCUGCCCAACUCAUCAGUGAGAGUGGUGGGAAAGUCGUUGCUGUAAGUGACAUUACAGGAGCCAUCAAGAACAGCAACGGGAUCGACAUUCCGGCCCUGCUCAAGCAUGUUAAGGAAAAGAGGGGAGUCAAAGGUUUCCAUGGUGGCGACGCGAUAGAUCCCAAGUCGAUAUUGGUUGAAGAUUGCGACAUUCUCAUUCCCGCAGCCCUAGGUGGUGUCAUAAACAGGGAAAAUGCAAAUGACAUCAAGGCCAAGUUAAUCAUUGAAGCAGCUAACCAUCCGACUGACCCUGAGGCCGAUGAGAUCUUAUCGAAGAAAGGGGUGGUCAUCCUUCCCGACAUAUAUGCAAAUUCUGGCGGAGUUACCGUCAGUUACUUUGAGUGGGUUCAGAACAUACAAGGUUUCAUGUGGGAUGAGGAGAAGGUGAACAAUGAGCUGAAGACCUACAUGACCAAGGGCUUUAAGGCGGUGAAAGAGAUGUGCAAGACCCACAACUGCGAUCUCCGCAUGGGCGCCUUCACUCUUGGGGUCAACCGCGUCGCUCAGGCCACGGUCCUUCGGGGCUGGGGGGCCUGAAAAACUCGUCGACCGCCUGGAAUAAGUAAAAGAAAGGAGGCUUUGCUUCCCAUUCAUGCUCCUUUUAAAUUGUUAUCUUCUUGAUAUUUCAUCUGUGCUUCUGUUUUGCUGUGAUUUGUGUUUCUGGCUUCAUCUGAGACUCUGAGUGAGAGUGAGGAGAUCAAAUUGGGUUGUA